UGACUGCCAAUUCCAGCCCCAUUCGGAUCAGCAAUAAUAAAGUGUCUGCGGUCCGUCAGUCAGUAGAAAUACUGAUCCAGACGAGGAUGGGUGUGAAGGGGCUGGUUGUGACAGUGCUGCUAGCUGUCUUCGUUGCCUACUACGUCUACACUCCGCUGCCUGACGCCAUCCAGGAGCCCUGGAAGCUGUUGUUGGUGGACGCAGGGUUCAGGACAGCCAUGCACCUGGCUUCUUUGAAACACCGGCUGGGUCUGGAUCACUACAUCACAUCAGUCAGACAUUCAAUAGAGGGCUUUGAGAGCACAGCGAAGGGCCUUUUGGGCUCUGGGGCCAGCGGGGGGGUCAUACCCGGAGUGAAGGUUCGUGACACCACCUUUGCCGGGAUCUCCGUGAGGGUUUACGAGCCUCCGGCCGGAGGGGAGGGACACCUGAGGAGAGGGCUGAUGUAUUUCCACGGAGGCGGCUGGGCUCUCGGCAGCGCCAAAAAGGGGACGUAUGACAACGUGAACCGCAUGGUUUCGGAUGAGCUCAACACCGUCGUGGUCUCUGUUGAGUAUCGCCUUUAUCCUGAGGUCAUCUUUCCAGAGCCGUAUUUAGACUGCCUCGCUGCUGCUAAACAUUUCUUAUCCCCAGAGGUUCUGGCAAAGUACUCCGUCGACCCUGAACGUGUGGCCGUGUCAGGAGACAGCGCUGGAGGAAACCUCGCUGCUGCAGUCGCUCAGGAGGUUUCUUUAGACGAGAGCAUGACUGUGAAGUUCAGCGUCCAGGCUCUGAUCUACCCGGUGCUCCAAGCCCUGGAUUUCAACACGCCGUCCUAUCUGCAGAACGAACACAUGCCCAUCCUCCCUCGCCACACCAUGGUGCAGUUCUGGCUCCAGUACCUCGGAGCCGACCUGUCCCUGCUGCCGCAGCUCGUGGUGAACAACCACAGCGCCGUCGCCUCAGAGCUGAGGCUGAGGUUAGACUGGACCACCCUGCUCCCUCAGAAGGUCAGGAAGAGCCACAAGCCUGUCACUGUGGAGAAAGACUCCCAUGGAGUUCUAAAGGCGGUGCCGGGGUUUCUGGACGUCCGCGCAGCACCUCUGUUAGCCAGGUCGGAGGUGCUGGCUAAAACCCCACGGGCUUAUAUACUAACAUGUGAGUUUGACGUGCUGAGGGAUGACGGGCUGAUGUACGCUCGACGCUUACAGGACGCAGGAGUCUCUGUCACUAGUGAGCACUACGAGGACGGUUUCCACGGAUGCUUCAGCUUUAUAUCCUGGCCGAUAGACUUCGAUGUAGGAAAGAGGGCGGUGAGGGGGUACAUUAACUGGCUGCAGAACAACCUGUAACAAAUGACAUAAGGGCUCCUGCAUCAUCCCGGCUCAUCUGAGCUCAGGGCUUUUAUCCCACACUCAUCGGUUAACACUGUGACCAACAAAGCCAUAGAAAAAAUCAUUCCUACAGCCACUGAUGCAUUAGUUAUUCAGCAGCUUUUGCUCUGACUCCCAAAAGGCUGUCACUUGUUUCCUUGGAAGCUAAUUAAUGCUAAUUAGCCUAAAUUACAAAGCAAAGAAGCUGUGCUGUGGUGUUUUACCACGAUGCUAAUCUGAGCUGUCACUACCCUGCAGCAUCCAAUUAAGAUAAAAUUUGUCCAAAUUGUCUGUUUUGUUUAGUUUUCUACAAGUUGUUUUUCCUCGAGUAACGCUGGACGAUUAAAAAGCACUUUUCCUUUCA